AUGGCCGUCGUUGUGGUGAAAUGCUCCACUUUGAACUUACUGGAACGCACCAGCGGUUGCGCUCGCAGGCUCGGUGCUUUUAAUAAACAUUCGGAAAGGAAGGAAUAUAAAAACAACAAUAGUGCCGAAAUAGAGUGUUUUUUCUUUCGAUUCUACGCUUUUCGGAGGCAAAUGUCUGCCUUUCAAGGACUGAAGAAAGAGAUACGAGUUCUUGAAAAGGUUUUCCAUCCAAAACAUGAACGUUUUCGGGUAAAAGCGAAUGGCCUGGACGAAUUAUCGUGUCGCUUUCUUGGUGCGAAUGGCGAACAGUUUGUCAUUCAUUGCAAUAUAUAUGUGAGUUGAAGUGUUUAGAAUUUGUUAUUCCUUGUGCUUUUCCUGUUCGUUUGAAUGAUUUAGGGUGCUUGAAUGAUUUAAAAUUAUUUUGCAGGAAUCUUAUCCAUGUGUUGUCCCAAUGUGGUUCACUGAAGCCGACGAAACUUCGGUCGUCGAAUCCGUGGAAAAAAUCGCUGAAAAUCAGCACGAAAAUGCGGAAAAACUGGUAAGAAUUAAGCCUUGUUUUGUUGUUUCCCUCUUCGAAAUCCGCCUCAUUGUAUGUAGAGAGACUUAUGUAGUCCUUUUAUAAAUUUAUAAUUCGUUUUAUUGCUGUAAACAGUUCUGUAAAUGUGAUGUGUUUGAUGAAUAUUUUAACGUACUGUAUUCAUAAGGUCAGGUGUGUUUUGUACAAUAUUGUGUUACAUUUUCUAUUGUGCUAUAUUAGUUGACAAAAAUGACCAAGCAUUUAAUCGAAGAAUUAUGCAGAAGGCAAAGUUUGGAUAUCCCGCACGUUUUAGAGGGUUUAGAAAGCAUUCAAAUUGAGGUUUGUCAAUUUUUGUGAUGUUCAUUUUGGAAAAUGAAUAAAGAGAUGUAUAAUUUAUAUAAUGUAUACUAUUGAUUAAUUAUGUCAUUAUUAAUAUGGGUAUAUUUAAUCAACUGUUUGAUAGUGAUUUGGUUGUACGUCAGACAUAUCAUAUUUCCCUGUUGCAAUUUCAAAUAUGCUUUGGAUUUAGAAAAGGAAAGCCAAAAAUACAAUGUCAGUUUGGCUCAUGUUCAUAUAUUUGUGUUCACAGACCAUAAAAACAAUCGAUUUCAAAAGAAAUUAAUAACGCAGAACACGAAUAUAUGAAUAUGAGUGCCCCCAAUUAUCAAGCUUGCUACGGCACUGGGGAAAGAUUAAUUUAACCCAUUGAGUCGCAUUGCACCCUGAUUAAGUGCAAAAUUAAGUACAAAUAAGCUACAUGAAAGGAUCUGAUGACUCUGAUGCAAAUGGAAAUUAGAUUGAUGAAUAACAUUUACAAGUAAACUACGUCAAGCGUUCCUCUUUUGAGUUUCUAAAUGGCUUGCGAUUUUCCUCAUUACCUUUGCAAUUUAAAAAAACUCCCUUGAGGAAAUUUGCAAUGUUGCUAAAAGCCAAUUAAAUUUUCCUCAGUUCCUGUUAGAAGUUCUUAACUUCCUGUUACAAGUUCCUAACUUCCUGUUCUGUUCUGCACGUUGCAAUUGGCUAGCAAAAAUAAUCCACCAAUGACAAUGCUCAGAACAGAACAGGAAGUCAGGAAAUUAAACAGGAAGUUAGGAAAAUUUAAAAUAUUGCAACAGCCGAUAGGAACAUUGCAAAUUCCCUCAGGGGCUUUGGAGGAUCUAGAUGGGGGGUCUGAAAAUCAGAAAACGGUAACAAUUUUGGUAUUUUAACGGUAACUACGGGAACCACUGAGUAUUUUGAUAAAAUACAAAACAAUAGAUACUCCGAAAAUUGAAAGCAUUUUGAAAAUUUAUUUCAACGUUUCGACUAAACUACAGUCAUCAUCAGGAAAUGAAUGAUGAUGAUAUUACAUAUAUGUACAAGGUCGUACAAGUAUAUAUAGUGAAGUAACAAGAUACGAUAUAGUUAAUGCUUUCAAUUUUCGGAGUAUCUAUUGUUUUGUAUUUUAACAGUGACAAUAAGUAACAUUUUGGUAUUUUAACGGUAAAUCUUUGAAAACUCUUCUGAAACAAUAAACAGUAUUUUUCCUCACGCUAAAUUUUUAGUGUUUUCACAACUGACGGUAACCGAAAAUUGAGUGACUCACAAUAUAUCCCAUCAACACCCUCGAUUUGCAAAGAGUGUUUCAAAUUUGCAAAGCCAAUGAGGAAAAUUCCAAAUGAGUUAGGAAGUCAAAAGAGGAACGCUUCACGUAGUUUACCUGUAAUGCAGGAAUUUAGAUAGAGGAGGCAAUGUUUACUUUGCUUGUAUUCUUUGACUUUGGAUGUACAUGUCUCUGUUUGUGUGGUAUUGGUAUUAGAUAUUAGGCAAUUCUGUCUUUUUUUAUUUCUAUAUUUUGGCCUCCCGUUUCCAACAAAAAAAAGCGUGGCCUUAAUAACUAAUUAUAUAUACUUGCACAGGCUUUCUGGUUAACCCACUCAGUUCAAGAGUGUGCCCUGCGUAAAUGCAUUAAAUUUGUAGUUAAAAUGAAUUUAGGAUGAUUGUGAGGACGCUGGAUCAAAUAGAGAUGAAGAUGAUGAUGAAAUAUUAGAUGAAGAGGUAGAAAUUACUACUCUGCAAUUUAGGAAUUAUUUACCAGUGGCUUGCUAAGCAUUUCUUAGAUUCUGUAAAGCAAUAUGACCAAUGUUCAAGAAAAACAUUUCAAAGAAAAAUGGGAAUUCUUACACCUUGCAGGAAAUUUUUGUAAUCUUAUUUUCUGGAAUGCCAUAUUUUUUCCCCUUUAAAAUUGUUUAAAAAUUCAAAAAAUGUUAUACUAGUCAAGAUUGUACGUCUUCUGUGGAGAUUGAAGUCUAUCACACUGUGUGGCACCAUAUGCAGUGGCGUAACUACUAUGGGUUCAGACCGGGCAAACCAGGGGGGCCCUCAACUUGUACGGCACUCAACUUGUACCUUUGGCACUUCUACUAGGGGGCCUUCGAAAAUUUUGAACCAGGGGCCCCCUGAUAUAUUGUUAUGCCACUGACCAUAUGUGCUCUGUUAGUCCAGUUGUGGCCCCUGACCGUGCUCCUCAGCGUGGGAGACUAGUGCUCUGUAUGCCAGAAGUUUUAUAUUUGACUUACACAGAAAGAGAAGCCAGGAAGAGAAAUCCAUUUUCUAGGCCCGACCUCUUUAAUUGCUAACUAUUUGUUUUAUGUCUUUCAGGAUGAUAAUGAAGAAUAUGACAAUUAUGAAAUGGGAGAGGAUACCAGCAGGUUUGGGCCUUAUUAUAAACCUCUGUUCCCAGGGAUGUCGCUACUGGGGGGUGUGCAUUGGGGGGGGGGGUAACACCCCCAAUAAUUCAAAAAGUUGGUCAAAAUGGAAAAUAUUUGGUUAAAGUUGGUCAAAGUUGCAGGUCAAACUUGGGAAAAGUUUGGCAAACGAAGUUGGCGGAAUUUAUUGGUCAAAUUAAGUUUGAGAUGAAAGGUGGCAAGAUUUGGUAAAUGCUUUUUUUGAGGCUUUGCUAAUGCUAAUGCUAGUCUGGAAAAGAAUGAGAAUGCUGGUUAAUUAAUGAAAUGGUUAAAUUAACGAAUAUUCUUUUCUUUCCCUCAGCCAAGAGAAAAAAGAAGAUCUCAAUGGCAUCAGUAAAGAAAAUUUUGCUGUUCUUGAAAAAUUAAGACUAAAUCAACGUGAUGAACACUUAAAGGUAUCAUCUUUACUUCACUUUACUUGGAUUAUUUUUCUCUAACAGUAUGCAGUAAUACAAGAACAUCUACUACAAUAUUGUUUCUCGCACACAAACCUGACCUUGAAUUAACAAAAAUAUAUAUAUGGAUCACAAAAGAAUUGUCAACCCAUGUGGCUCUUUCUGCGAUUUAGGGUGGGUGGGUGGGAGUUCAGACACAGGUCAGACUAGCAUCUAGGCAAGCAAAAAAGUGAUUCUGACGACCUGGACCCUACCCUUGACCCAGUCCUCUAGCAUGUGAGAAAAAUAUUUUCUGCCUCUUUCGUUCCUCAGCCGACAGAAAAUAACACCUUUAGUUAGUUAGAUGUGUAAAAUACUGUGUUUUAUCUAGGGAACUGUUUCUGGAUCAGUUCAAGCCAGUGACAGAUUGAUGAAAGAAUUACGCGAAGUCUAUAGAUCUGACAGUUUUAAGAAAGGUAAUUUCAUGGGCAGAAUUUUGGGUGGAACAGUGGUCUAGAAACCCAAAGAUGCAUGUUUGAAUCCCGCUUGAGACAACAAAUUUUUCUUUGUUGUCUGUGGUGUCCAAAUAAAUAUGAAACUAGCUUAACCCAUUAAGCCGCAGAGCUUCGGAAUCCCCAUUGACCAGUAAAAUUGUCUGGUGUUAGACAAGUGAAAAAAAAGUAGGGCACAUGCACAGUGGGGCGCAUUGCGGCUCAAUGGGUUAAUUAAUGAACAUUAUGUUUUUUUAGGUUUAUACCAUGUAACACUGAAUGAUGAUAGUUUGUAUGACUGGAUGAUUGAAAUACUCAAGUAAGUCUUUGAACAUUCUCUAUAUUAUUUGCAUUGAUUUUAUUAUAGAGAUGUUCAGAUUUGACUUCCAUAUUGAUUAAUCGUAGUGGUAGCGGAAGCGAACUCUGAAACUUUGAAAUAUUGAGGUGGACUAAAAAGCCUUCAUUUCCGUUUUUCUCAGAGUUGAUCCCGACAGUUCACUUCAUAAAGAUUUAAUACAAUUGAAAAAUAAAGGUGGCAAAGGGAAUAUCACGUUAAAUAUGACAUUUACAGUAAGUGAAAUAAAAAACUACCUGUCAUCAACUUGAAAACUCUCAUCUUAUAUGACCCGACUUUGAAAGAAAAAGUAUAAAUGUCCCAUAUACUCCAAUUAAGGCAUUACCCUUCUACGAGUUUUAAAUUUAAAAAAAUAGUAUGAAAACUCUAAAAAUUAGUAAAAAUUAGACGUGAAAAUUUUUUUAAAAAUUUUCUUAAAAUUUUUUUUUAAUCUAAAACUGUAAAAAUUAGUAUAAAAACUCUAAAAAUUAAAAAAAUCAUUUAUACUCUGUUAAGACCAAAAGACGGUUCUAGCCAGAUAAAUUAAGUGUUAGUUAGAUUAAUAAACUUGCAAAUGUUAUGCAUGCUAGUAAAAAUAGUUUUGGUGGGACUUAAUUGGAUCUUAUAUAAGAUCCUUUUCCUUCAAUCAUCUGUUAUAUGUUAUUGAUUGUAAUGUUAUUAAUAAAAAAAAUUGAUUUAACUGCAUGCUGUGUUGUACUGUUUUAGGAUAAAUUUCCAUUUGAACCACCGUUUGUUAGAGUUAUCUGUCCUGUUCUCAAUGCUGGGUAGGUACCGAUGAUCUGAAAUUUACUAUGUGUUACUGCAAUAAAUGCAUUCAAUUUCUAGUGGAAAAACCUGGAAAUGUGAAAUUUGUGAAUGUCAAACCAUUUGAAGGUGAAAAUUUUGUGAGAAAUUUCUACCGAAAUAUUUUGUUAAAUAAUUAUGAAAAUAUUUGGGUUUAACUUAAUUAAAGGUCAUAACAACAGAUUUUUCAUUUUUUUUGAAGAUAUGUUUUAAGUGGAGGAGCCAUAUGUAUGGAGUUACUAACGACACAGGUACUGUAACUAUUAAAUGCCUUAGGGUUAGGACAUUCAAAAAUAUUCGAGCAACUGAUCAGACAUUUUGAAGUUGAUGAAGCAAUUGGGACUUAAGAGCUGUUCCCACUGGUUCAUUUUUUGUAAUCAAUUAAUUGUUAUCAGCAAUCAAUUGCAAAAAUAAUUACAAAAGAAAGACAUGAUCAAUAGGGAGAAGCGCUGGAAAAAUUUAAGAAAUGAACAAAACAUUUUAUUAAAAACUUUUGUUUUUGUGCUAGGGCUGGAGUAGUGCAUAUAGUAUUGAGUCUGUGAUAGUUCAAAUAUCAGCUACACUUGUCAAGGGAAAAGCUAGAAUAAAUUUUAAAGAAAAUAACAAGGUAGGAUAUCUCACUAUACACUUUGCAUCUGGGUGUAAUGAGCUUUGCUUGAACAAUUACAUGGGUUUUUGCUGCAUGUGUUUUUCGUAACUGUGAAUCAGGGGGCGAAUCUACUGGUGGGUCCAGGGUGUGUGCACCUUAGUGGUGUCCAGCACCCCCUUGAAGAAAACUAUGGUAUUCCAUAUUUGAGUUCCAAUAUGGUGGUGGAUUACCUUGAGGCCAGAUUUAACGAAUAAACGUGGUGCUCAGGAUGCAGGAAAUGGCAUUUCAGGGCUUCGAAUUUCAAACAUUAGUAAUGCAACCCCCUCUGGAAAACCUCCAACCCCUCUAUCAAAUCAGGCCAGAUUCACCCCUGCUGUGAGCGGCAUUUGAUUCUUGCAAUAUAGUGUUGUCUGAUUAUAAUUUCACCCAAGUCGCUUGUGCAAAGAGUGCUUCCAGUUUGACUUUCCAAAACACCACAGAUAAGAUUUCCUCCAGCCACUACGUUUCUUUUGUAACACUGGACCAGAUGUCCAUUACUCACCUCUAGGGAGAACAGAACUGAUAGAACCAUCUAAUAUAGUAUAUAUAUUUUUUCAAGCCUGAUGCAUAUAAUAUGGCGAGAGCCCAGCAAUCCUUUAGAUCAUUGGUUCAAAUUCAUGAAAGGAACGGUAAGUAAAUUUGUGGUUAGUAAUUGUAUAUUUGUGGUGUUAUUUAACAGAUGUCGUUGAUGUUUACCCAUCCCUUAUACUGACAUUACCUUCGAAACUUGGCCGUCAGAGUAGUGCUGUGUGCCAGGGCCAGAGUUUUGUUCAACUCCGGAAGCACUCAUUUGUGCUGCAAACUAUUGACGGACAUCGGCGAAGAAACCUGAAACCAUCAACGAAAAAGUAAAUACUCACAUUGGAACUGCGUAGGCUUGCCACAAACAUAGUACGAAAUGUUCAUGCGAACUGCAAAGUGUUAAAUUUCUAAUUUGCACGAAUUUUCAUUAAAUUUCAAAUUUUCACAAAUUUACCGGAGCUGGACAUUUUCUGCCGGAGCCAGUGCAUGUUUAUAACAGACUUUAUUUGGCCAGAGGCGAAAAACCCGGAGUUUGCAUGGCAUAAGUGCUACUGGUUUAAAAAUGUACAAAUUUACCCUCGAAAUUCUCAUCCACAAAAUCCCUUCAAUAUUCAGCAAGGAUUCUCUGUUUUUUUGUGUUAAUUAAGGUUGGUUCACACCACCCAAGGAUGAAGGCUGA